GUUUCACCUCUGAAUGCUCCACUUUCCCUGGGAGAAGAUGUAGCAGAGGUAGUGCAGUCGGUGUGAAGCAGAGAGGACACACACUUCCCCGCACGUACAGGAGGCUUCACAGAGUUGGCCGAGGCGCCUGUGCAGACGGUAGAUGAAUGAGAAUGUCCUCUCCUCAAGUAGUAACCCCUCAGCCCAUACCCCAGCCCUAACUCCACCAAUAAACGUGGAGGAGCAAGUCCCCUCAGCGCUAAGCACACCACCACGUCUUCCAUACUGUCUGUGAGCAGCCGGUGCCGGAUAGUCCUAAACAACCUCAAGAAAACCUCUGAAGCCCUUCCCCCAACACCCAGAAGUCAAUGCUGGAAAAACUGAGUUAUUCAAUAGUAAAGGGGGCUCCAAGUCUCCGGAGUCAGCGCUGGAGGAGUGUCGGACCCCAGCUGUGAACUGACUUGACCAGCUCCCCAGCUGCGAAGAAGCUGAAGAAAUGGAGCACAGCAUCAAGAACGCCAACAGCCUAAGCCCGUCUUCUCACAGCCCUAAGAUCGCGCUGAAGGGCAUCGCUCAAAGGACGCUUGGCCGGGCACUGACCACAAAGAAGAGCUCCCCGAAGGGCAGCGAGAAGGACAAGCAGAAGGAGAAGAACAAGGACCUGGCGAAAAGAGCAUCGGUUGGCGAAAAGCUCGAAGCGAAGGAAGAGUUCAGGGAAGAAGCGCUGCCCGCUGCCGCCGACGUGCCAAAAAAGUCCUCCAAGAUCGCCAGCUUCAUCCCCAAAGGGGGCAAGAAGGGAGGCCUCUGCCCUGCCCACAGCGGAAUACAACCAGGAAUGAAAACCACCCCAGGGAAAUCCUCAAGUGCCCCAGGGUCUGCCAAGGAAGGCGACAGAAGCCGCAGCGGAAAGACCGGCUCAGGGCUUUCUCUUCAGAAGACCCAGCUUGACAACAGGAAUUCCAGCUCCACAUCCAGCUUGGCCUCCUCGGAAGGGAAGGGGGCAUCCACAACGGGCAACAGCCAGCCCAUCACCGGGACGAACAGUGUCACACAGACUACGGGAAGUAAUACAGUCAGCGUUCAGCUACCUCAUCCUCAGCAGCAGUAUAAUCACCCCAACACGGCCACGGUGGCGCCCUUCAUGUACAGGUCUCAGACAGACAACGAGGGGAAUGUUUCGGUAGAGAGCGGCACAGGAGGGAUUCACAUCGGGCCCGCGCUCUAUAAUAAACCUUCCUGUCUGGAGGAUCUGCCAGGUGAAGAUCCAGAAACCCGGAGACUGAGAACGGUGAAGAACAUUGCGGAUCUACGGCAGAACUUGGAGGAAACUAUGUCCAGCCUGAGGGGGACACAGAUCAGCCACAGCACAUUGGAAACCACAUUUGACAGUAACAUCACUACGGAGGUCAGCGGGCGCAGCAUCCUCGGCCUGGCAUCCCGGCCAACGCCGUUAACAUGGAGGCUGGGACAGUCGAGCCCUCGUCUGCAGGCAGGAGACGCACCGUCUUUGGGUAACGGGUACCCUCCACGAGCCAGCGCCAGCCGCUUUAUCAACUGUGAACCCGGGCGUUACGUGUACCCCGCACCUCUCAGGAGGCAGUUGGCUACCAGAGGCAACAUGGGUCACAACGACGACAAGGGGGACGACAUGGAGCUGGAGAGUGUUAGUGUCGAUGCCACCGGAUACAUGAGCGAUGGCGAUGUCCUGAGCAAGAACAUCCGAAGCGAUGAGAUCACCAGCGGGUAUAUGACAGAUGGGGGACUUGGCCUUUACACACGGAGACUGAAUCGUCUGCCGGACGGGAUGGCGGCUGUUCGGGAAACACUUCAGCGUAACACGUCUAUGGGACAAGGAGAUGCUGACAGUUGGGAUGACAGUAGCUCGGUGAGCAGUGGGAUCAGCGAUACCAUCGACAACCUGAGCACGGAUGACAUUAACACCAGUUCCUCUAUCAGCUCGUACGCCAACACGCCAGCGUCCUCGCGGAAAAACCUGGAUGUACAGACUGAUACAGAAAAACACUUACAGGUCGACCGCAACUCCCUCUGGUCCGGCGAUGACUUGAAGAGAUUGGAUGGCGGCUCAGACAGCGGAGUGAAGAUGGAGUCUGGGAGUAAAUGGAGGAAGAACCCCUCUGACCUGUCCGACGAGUCCGAUAAGAGCACCUCCGGAAGGAAGAACACGGUCAUAUCCCAGGCGGGGUCCUGGAGGCGAGGGAUGACUGCUCAAGUGGGGAUCACAAGCCCCCGCACUAAGUCCACCACGGGGGCUCUGAAGACACCAGGGACAGGAAAAACAGAUGAUGCAAAAGUAUCUGAAGGAAGAGUUUCUCCGAAGUCAGCCCAGGUGAAACGUUCCCCGUCAGACGCAGGGCGCAGCAGCGGUGAUGAGACCAAGAAACCCAUGAGCAAUUCCUCAAGGACAAUCACUGCCAAUACCAAUACCUUUGGUUCAAGAAACCAGGGAGCACGGUGGUUGGCAUGCCGAUCAUCACAACCAGCGGGGCAAACCAUCACCAGCGGUUCCGCCACUCUGGGAAAAAUGCCCAAAUCUUCCGGACUCAUCGGCAGGUCCUCCAACCGUAAGACCAGCAUGGAUGGAUCGCACAACGAUGACGAUACUUAGCUGAAUGCCAGGACCAAUCUCCAGUACCGCAGCUUACCGCGUCCCAGCAGAGUCACGCAGUGGAACCUAAAUCGCUCCAGCACCAGUAGCAUUGACUCCAAUAUAAGUAGCAAGUCAGCAGGUCUUCCAGUCCCCAAAAUGAGAGAGACCAGCAAGAUGUCCCUUAAUAACUCUGUGUCCGGAGUGAGUACCAAACCGAACCGCGAGAAAGGAAUCUCCUCUGACAUGAGAGCGUGGCCUCCAAUAACUCAUCAAACUGAACCCAGCGUCACAAGGUGCCCCAGUGCUACCCGCCAACAGGGAAGCAAGUACCCCGACGUGUCCUCGCCACAACUGCGCAGGCUUUUUGGCGGAAAACCGAAUAAACAAGGACAGGUGACGACCUCGGAAAACAUGAAGAACUCGGUGAUUAUAUCCAACCCCCACGCCACCAUGAACUCCCAUCAUGCCCACCCAGACUCCCCCUCCGGGAGCGCCAUACUCAGCAGCGGAGGUAGUAGCCCCUGUACGGCAAAAAUAUGGAUCUGAACCCAUCGCCGCUUGGCCUCCAGCCCUGGCUCCGCCCACUCGGCACCUUCCAAUAGUCUAACCUGGGGAACGAACGCCAGCAGCUCCUCCGCGGUCAGCAAGGACGGCUUGGGUUUCCAGUCAGUCAGCAGCCUGCACACCAGCUGCGAGUCAUCGACAUAUCCCUCAGCAAGUAACCACUCACCGAGCGCCCCGACCGCCUCUCCGCGGGACGACGCCAUGUCCUGCUUCAUCGGGACCAACAGCGUGAAGACCGCCAUGUCUGAGAGCGAUCCUCAUCUUGAUAGAAACACUUUGCCUAAGAAGGAUUCAGGGUACGCUCCAUCAUCUCAGCUCAGAAACCAAGAUGAGGCCAAGGAAUGGCUGCGCUCGCAUUCAUCUGGCGGACUCCAGGACACGGCCGGUAGCUCCCCUUUCCCGCCCAGUUCCAGCAUUACCUCGCCUUCCUGCACCAGAUUUAACUUCUCCCAGCUCGCGAGUCCUACAACUGCAGCUCACUUGAGUUUGUCUAACGCAACCAUGCUGAGGACGCACAGCCUUUCCAACACAGAUGGCGACCACUACACCGAACCUCGAUUCAGAAACAGUUCAAUGUCUCUGGAUGAGAAGACGAGAGCCAUGAGCCGUUCCGGAUCCUUUCGUGAUGGUUUUGAAGAAGUUCACGGAUCUUCGCUGUCUCUGGUGUCCAGCACAUCCUCUGUCUACUCCACUCCAGAAGAAAAGUGCCAGUCAGAGAUCCGCAAGUUAAGGAGAGAAUUGGACGCAUCCCAGGAAAAAGUGUCCGCCCUGACAACCCAGCUCAGUGCCAACGCUCAUCUUGUUGCUGCCUUUGAACAAAGUUUGAGCAACAUGACGAUCCGGCUGCAGAGUCUCACCAUGUCGGCAGAGCAGAAGGAUUCAGAGUUGAAUGAGUUAAGGAAAACCAUAGAGCAGCUGAAGAAGCAGAACGCGGCCGCACAGGCGGCCAUUAACGGUGUCAUCAACACCCCGGAGCUCAGCUGCAAAGGAAGCGGGACGACCCAGUCAGCUGACCUGCGGAUCCGACGGCAGCACUCGUCUGAUAGCGUCUCCAGCAUUAACAGUGCCACAAGCCAUUCCAGUGUGGGCAGCAACGUGGAAAGCGAUUCCAAGAAGAAGAAGAAUCGGAAGAACUGGCUGAGGAGCUCCUUCAAACAGGCAUUCGGCAAGAAGAAGUCUCCCAAGUCCGCGUCCUCCCAUUCUGACAUUGAGGAAAUGACCGACUCCUCGCUACCGUCUUCCCCCAAGCUGCCACAUAAUAACACUAUUCUGUCUACCCCGCUCAUGAGAUGCUCCCAGUCCAGCUCUAUACUCUCCGACUGUUCGAUAAAUGAGGCCGACAGCGUCCUGCAACUGCGCAACGAACUCCGCGACAAGGAGAUGAAGCUGACCGAUAUCCGACUGGAGGCCUUGAGCUCGGCGCAUCAGCUGGAUACCCUGCGCGAGGCCAUGAACAGAAUGCAGACGGAAAUCGAGAAGCUGAAAGUCGAGAACGAUCACCUGAAGGCGGAAAAUACGGGGAAAUGCAGCAGGACACCAUCUCAGAUCUCCUCCUCCCCAAGACAUUCCGUAGGAUUCCCACAGCCCGGAAUAACCAUGACGGAAUCCUCCAGCCUCGACAUGAUGUUGGACGAUUCUGCGGAUGGCACCUUGCGCAAGGAAAGUCGCCAUGUGAAGAUUAUUGUCAGCUUCAUGGAGGAGAUGAAGUGGAGAGAGGAAUGCCGGCCUCGAGUCUUCCUUGUCGGUUGCAUUGGUGUGGGCGGCAAAACAAAAUGGGACGUUCUGGAUGGCGUGGUCCGACGGCUGUUCAAGGAAUAUUUAGUGCACGUGGAUCCAGUAACACAACUGGGACUGAACACUGACAGCGUCGUUGCCUAUAGCAUCGGGGAGAUCAAGCGGACGAACACAGCCGGGACCCCUGAGCUGCUCCCCUGCGGGUACCUCGUAGGCGAGAAUAACACCAUUUCUGUCUCUUUAAAAGGUCUCCCGGAGAACAGCGUGGACAGCCUGGUAUUUGAGACUUUGAUCCCUCGACCGAUAUUACAGCGAUACAUCUCACUGUUGAUAGAGCAUAGAAGGAUUAUCUUGUCUGGUCCAAGUGGGACAGGAAAAACCUACCUGGCCAACCGUCUGUCCGAGUACAUGGUGCUGCGCGAGGGGCGGGAGAUGACGGAUGGGAUUAUUGCCACUUUUAACGUGGAUCACAAGUCCAGUAAGGAGCUGCGCCAGUAUCUCUCCAAUCUUGCCGAUCAGUGCAACAGCAAGAACAAUGCGGUGGACCUGCCCCUCGUCAUCAUCCUGGACAACCUGCACCACCUCAGCUCCCUGGGCGAGAUCUUUAAUGGGCUCCUAAACUGCAAGUACCACAAAUGCCCGUACAUAAUCGGCACCAUGAACCAGGCAACGUCCUCCACCCCCAAUCUACAGCUUCACCACAACUUCCGGUGGGUGCUAUGCGCCAAUCACACGGAGCCCGUCAAAGGUUUCCUCGGGCGAUAUCUCCGGAGGAAGUUAAUAGAAACAGAAAUGAGCAACCGGACAAGGAACGUGGAGCUGGGGAAGAUCAUAGACUGGAUCCCCAAGGUCUGGCAACACCUGAACCGCUUCCUGGAGACUCACAGCUCCUCAGAUGUCACCAUCGGACCUCGUCUGUUCCUGUCCUGCCCCAUGGACGUGGACGGCUCAAGGGUCUGGUUUACUGACCUCUGGAACUACUCCAUCAUCCCCUACCUACUGGAGGCUGUCAGAGAAGGCCUGCAGCUGUACGGCAGAAGAGCACCCUGGGAAGAUCCUGCCAAGUGGGUUAUGGAUACCUACCCGUGGACCACUGUUCACUUACAGCAUGAUUGGCCACCUCUGCUCCAGCUGCGGCCAGAAGAUGUUGGAUUUGACGGGUAUUCUGUGCCCAGGGAGGGAACGUCAAGCAAGCAAGCGCCAUCCGCGGAUGGGGACGGAGAUCCUCUGAUGAACAUGUUGAUGAGGCUCCAGGAAGCCGCCAACUUUUCCAGCCCCCAGAGCUACGACAGCGACUCCAACAGCAACAGCCACCAGGACGACAUUCUGGACUCCUCGCUGGAGUCCGCGCUGUGACCGUGAGAGUUGGCCACUGUCAGGUGGCUAGGACAACCAAGACACUUUAGGCUUUUCAAACGGGCGAGGGUGCAGGUUGCUGAACCCUGUUUGACAUGACCAGGUGUUACAUGUACCAGGACGAAACGCCUGAAACACUGAAGAUAAAACGGACAGGUCUGGGGCUGCUCCCUGGGUGGGGGAUGGUACACUGCCUAUGCUGCUCUAACCAAACACACAGGGGUACUGGCCAUACCAGCUUCACUAGGUAACCUCAGUGCAGAUAGUCACUGACUAUGCUGCUUGCCUUGCUCUCGGUUUCUGUAACCGGUGCUGCUGGGGGGAAGGGGCAUCUGCCACAAAUACUGUACAGCUAUGCAGGAUGCUCUCCAUUCCCCCGCUUUAUACCGUGAGCAUGAAAGGGCUCGUCGGCCGCCACAUGGACGUUGUUUUAUAGGUAACGACCAUUGACCAAAAACUGAACCGUCACCUCUGCUGUCCUAAGGCAGGUCAUCUAUUAUAUGAUGGGGCGACCACUAGACUGGGUGCAAAUAGCUGCUCCCCCCCCGACAUAAAAUGCAACAGGCUGGUAUGAGGAGACCGCAGUGCAUUUUAGUCCCGUCACCCACACCCUUCCAUGCGGCGGCAGCAGUAGACGGGCUUGUCUCACACUGUCCUGUAUUGCACUGUGCAAGAUCCUAGCUACGUCCAUUGGGGAGACAGGGGCUGCAUACCCGUCCUUCCUCAGGUAAACAUCUGCUCCCACCUCGAUGUCUCCAGACCACCACCUCCCCCCAUUUUGGUGCUAACCCGUCAAUGCCUUAUAAUCAAGGUGGGUAACCUGCAACUCCCUAGAUGGGUCCUGUCUGCCACGGUCCGGGUGACACUGGGGCUUGUAGUGCAGACGCGUCUGGUGUACUUCCCAGUUAGCCUAGAUGCGUGUUGCUGUGACACCACUGGGCUCGUACUGGCUCCAGGGACCUGCUCUGUUAUGAAUUUUAUUUGACACUGGGAAACCCCCUGUAAUAUCCCGGGAGACCCCCUCGGUUCUAAAUCUAUACAUUGGUGCAGUUCUUCUAUACCUCAUGUGUUCUGCUACAUGUUAGACCAGGUUAUGAUGAACCGGCCGGAGCAGACGCGCAAUUUCACGUUGACGCUGUCUGGACCGGACGGUAACGGUUUUACGGUGCCCGAAGCUGGUCAAGCAGAGAGUUUCCCCAGCACUGAAAUCCACAACUGUGAAUAGGGCUGGACGCGUCAUAUCACAGAUGCAUAUAUCUAUAUUUAUAGCUUUCAGACUCUGUAUAUAAGCCACGACUUGUUCUCUGCGAUGCCCGAACUGCGUUGGGAUGUUCUAGAUGACACUGUAUUGUCCUUGGUGAACACCAGGAAGCAGGUCUCCCUGGAUGUAUAUUAAAUGGGAAGGUUUUCUUUUUUAAUCUAAUACCAUGUCACAUGUUCCACGUCUCUGCCAGUAUAGCGCCAGCAGAUACAGCACUGUAUAUAGACUGUUGUAGGAGCGCCGGGCUGGACGACACAAAGAAUCGCUCAAUGAUCCUCCCUUUUAAUACCUCCAAUAGCCUUUUCCAGAGUCAAUCGUCAGAUCUCCGCCGGAUUCUAUGCAACAUUCUUCUAAGGAGACGGAAUAAUAAAGAUUAAAUAUCCCCCCCCCCCCUUAUUGUAAAUUGUACGUGACGCAUCAUGCAUCGCGCUCGCUCGGAUGUUCUCAAGAUGUAAAUGUUCACAUUGUAACAAAGUGUAAAUAUCCAAGGAAUCUGCUGCAUUUUGAUGAGAUUUUUUUAGUCCUUUUUAAAAAAAAAUAAUGUAAGUAAAAACAAAAUGGAAAGAUUGGGGAGGGCGAGUAUUUUGUGGGGGCUUCCUUUCUGCCGGGGUUUAUUUUUCAGUUGUGAUGAAUUUUUCACACAUUGGGAUGAGAUCGUUAUUACUGUCGAUACAAACAAAACUGAUUGUAUGAGUCUUAAAUUAUUACUGAUUCAAUAAAUUGAUGGUUAUUUA